GAACGCAAUUGAUACGGUUCUGCCUCCAGAAACUCUCCUGACUUUUAUUUAACUGAAUAGUUUUCGAGAUACAUCGAUAAAUCAGUGUCUUUUCCUUCUUUUUUCUUUCUUCAUCCUUUCAAACGAUGGACACGCAAUAAAUCUAUUUAUUACUCUUUCAGACCUUUUCCAUCCUCGUCUCGGAAGCGCCAGGGCGUAACCUCGCCAACAUGGCAACCACAUCUCGCCGGCUCUUUCAUAAUCUCCGGUCCUUGCAACAUGAAAACCCUCUUGGCCUCCCGCGCACCGGCUCCAUCCCAAGGAUGCAGCGUGGCCUCCCCGAGCGCCGCAGGAUCAAAGAUGUGGCCAAGGUAAUCGCCGUGUCCUCGGCCAAGGGCGGCGUUGGCAAGAGCACUGUGGCUGCGAACCUCGCCCUCGCCUUCGCCAGGCUAGGCCACAGGUCCGGGAUCUUGGACACGGACAUUUUUGGACCAUCAGUCCCUACGCUGUUCAACCUGAAUGAGGAACCCAGGCUAUCGCAGAAUAAUCAAUUACUACCGCUGUCAAAUUAUGGUGUCAAGACCAUGUCGAUGGGGUAUUUGGUAGGCGAAGAGGCGCCCGUGGUGUGGCGUGGCAUGAUGGUCAUGAAGGCGCUGCAGCAGCUCCUUCACGAGGUCGACUGGGGCGGUCUCGAUAUCCUUGUGCUCGAUCUGCCUCCUGGUACGGGUGAUACGCAGCUGAGCAUCACACAGCAGAUCGUCUUGGAUGGCUCGGUGAUAAUCACAACCCCCCACACCCUCUCCGUCAAGGAUGCCAUCAAGGGUAUCAACAUGUUCAAAAAAGUCAACGUCCCCCUCCUCGGUCUCGUCAACAAUAUGUCGCUCUUCACCUGCCCCGACUGCGGCGGGCGGCACCACAUUUUCGGAUCCGGCGAGGGCGUGCGGAAAGUCUGCGCGGAGCAGGACAUUGCGUUUCUCGGAGACAUUCCGUUGCACCAGAACAUUGGCAGCCAGGCGCAAGAGGGAAAGCCAACGGUGGUGGCGGAGCCGGGGUCGGAGAGGGCAGAGACGUUUAUGAGGAUCGCGAGGGAUGUGAGAGAGAAGAUUGGGUUAUAGAGGAGAAUUUUUUGUCUAGCAGCAAGUUGCUAUUGUGCAAAGCAGUAAGCUCAAGAACAAAUUACUAAAAAAGACUGCACC